UUUCCUUUUAUUAAUGAUCCCAAAUUCCUAAUGCAAAGUGUAUGCAAAUUAAAAUCUUCUUUAAUCAUGUAAAAAUUAGGAAGAUUAGGUAAAAUUAAUAAAUGUUUUUGUACAAUUUUCCAACUGGAAAAUUUUGGUCAAAAUGUGAAGGAUAUACAUUUCAUAUUUUGAAGAAAAAGCAUUAAAUACAAAUGACUUUCUAAUAGAUAAAUCCAAAGAAAUUGAUUUAUCACAAUACUAACCAUAUCUUAAGAAAUCAAAAUUUAUGUACAGUGAAUCUCCUUAAUUCUUCUAACUAUGUCAUGUCAUUUAUCUAAUUUCUCUUAUAAAUAUAGAUUUCAUAGUCCCAACAUUACACAUCUCAAAGAAAAAAUGGCAUUGUCUGAUAAUAUUGGAGACGAAACUAAUGAAGUCCUUGCUGCUCAAGCACACAUAGCGAACCAUGUGUUUAAUUACAUCAAUUCUAUGUCACUCAAAUGUGCAAUUCAGCUCGGAAUUCCAGAUAUCAUUCAUAAUCAUGGCAGAGCCAUGACCCAAUCUGAUUUAGUGAAUGCUCUCCCUAUCAACAAAUCAAAGGGUCACGAUUGUAUUUAUCGUCUCAUGCGUAUUCUAAUCCAUGCUGGCUUCUUUACUCAAGGAGAAGAAGGGUAUUUACUUACUCCGACUUCACGUCUCCUCCUUAAAAACGGGCCGUUGAGUCUAGCCCCGUUCGUUCAAGCACAAUUGGAUCCAGUUUUAAUGGAUCCAUGGCACUCACUUGGUGAAUGGUUCGCGAAUGAGGACUCUACCCCAUUCGCGACUGCUCAUGGUAAGCCAUUGUUUGAAUAUGCAGGGGAUGACCAGAGGCUUAACAAUUUAUUUAACGAAGCUAUGGGAUGUGACGCCCGAUUGAUCAUGAGCGUGUUGAUUAAAAAUGGUAAGGGAGUUUUUGAAGGAUUGAAAUCGUUGGUGGACGUUGGAGGCGGCAUUGGAACUGUGGCUAAAGCCAUUUCUAAUGCUUUUCCAGAAUUGCAAUGCUCUGUUUUCGAUCUGCCCCAUGUGGUUGAAGGCUUGGAAGGUGGCAAAAACUUGAGCUAUAUCGGUGGAGACAUGUUUAAGUUUGUUCCUUCUGCCGAUGCAGUUUUACUAAAGUGGGUAUUACAUGAUUGGAGCGACGAGAAUUGUGUUAAGAUACUGAAGAAAUGCAAAGAAGCAAUUCCGAGCAAGGAGAAUGGAGGAAAGGUGAUUGUGAUUGACAUUGUGAUUGAUAAUCAGAAAGGAGAUAACAAAUCAUUUGAAACUCAGUUAUUUUCAGACGUACUGAUGAUGGUUCAUGUUUCUGGAAAAGAAAGAAAUGAACAAGAAUGGGCUAAACUCUUCUCUGAUGCUGGAUUUAGUGACUACAAGAUUAGCCCUAUUUUGGGAUUAAGGUCUGUUAUUGAGGUUUACCCUUAAUAUACAUAGAGUUGGUCAAAUAGAAUAAUAGCUGAGUGAUGCAUUUUGAACCUCUAUUUUUCUUGCAAUUCAUUAUUAUCUUGUAUAAAAACAAAAAUUUAAAUGGUGACUUAUAGAAAUAUGAAUUUGUAUGAA